CACAGAUUUAUUUUCACGAAACAGUCGUACAUUUAUUAAUGUGUUAUUCGGGUAACGGAACGUAUUUAUAAAUAAGCCAAUAGAAUGCUAUUCCCUUUCCAAAGCGUACUAGUACGGCAGCGCCACAAGCGAUCUAAAUGAAAACUACAGCACAUAAUCUCCAUCUUGUAUGACAGAUUUGUGUUUGUUAUUACUUUUUCGUUUCUACUCCAAAAAUGAAGAUAAAUAAAACUUAAAAGUAUUUAUAACUUAAAUUGAUACAUCAAGGAAUGUAAAAAACAUUUAGUGAGAUGAAUGUUUCGUCUGUGUGUUGUGAAUUUAUGUAAUUCAAGCUGUGACGAAGUGUCCUGUCUCAGUGAUUGGUAUAUAGUUACUUAUUUUUGUGAUAAGCGGAGCGCGGGGGCCUCGCGGGCGACUUUUGUCAUCAGGAAGUAUUUCUGACUCCUCGUGUGACACAUGUAAUAUUGGACCACAAAAAAAGCACUGCCGCAUCGAGAUGGCCGCGGCGUGAGGGCCGUGCUCGCGUCGAUGCGAUGCUUGAGAGACUGCGUGCACAUUCGCCACCUAAACCAGUGAACCAUAACUACAUAGAACUAACAGUGCAGAAGGCUAUAAAUCUAUUGGAUAAACUAUAUGAUACAUUCUUCACUCAACGUAAAGCACACAUCAACUACUUCAGUAAACAUUUUAUCAAGAUUGAAUUUUUGGACAAUUUGUACAGACCUGUAUACAAGGAAUUCGAUGAGUGGCCUCAAAUCUCACUAGAACCAGAUCCUGCAAAGGAAAAGAAAAAGUUGCCUGAAAAUAUUGUCGAAAUUCCCACCAACAACAAUAUUGGUUCAAAAAUGACAAGAAAAAGCAGACCUCGUAUCAAAGAAAGAGAAAUAAAAGAGGAAAAGGGUGGCUAUUGUGAAAUGUGUAAUGUGGACUAUGCUGAUGCUACCCUACAUAGAAGAUCUCCACAUCACUUGGCCUUUGUGAGGGAUCAUGCCAAUUUCUUAUCCUUAGACUCACUUAUUACAUCAGGAACAGAUGUCAAUACUUUUCUAGACAAAGCAACACCAGUAAAUGGUGAAAGAAGAUCCCUGAGAAAAUUAUGUAAUGGUGAAGCAGAACCAAAGAAUAGGCGAUCAAAAAGGUCACAAUCACCAGACACAGUCAAUGGUAAUGUAAGCCCAAAACGAAAUGGUGGUCUUGAAGAAGAAAAGAAACGUAAUACAAGAUGUAGUAAGAAAACUAGUGAAUCCACCCAAUCUGAAGAUCGACAGUACUAUAAAGUUGUUGGAGUAAGCACUAAGUUAAGAUCAAGUGGAGGUUUCACAAAGAAAAGAGAAGUACCACCCUGCAAUGGAACAAAGCCAUUGGUGGUAAAAAUUAGGAAAGUGCGCCGGUCUGAAUUAUCAGUACUAAGUGAUGAAGCAGAACAGUUUAUGUUUCCUAAAAGAGCCAGUUCAACCAGUUCCACUUCAUCAGAUGAAGAGCCUGUGGUUCCAGCAAAGACUAGAAAGAAGACCUCACCCCAACAACCACCUCCUGAGAGGCAGAGAUUAGCAAGACCUGUGGCAUUAAAGGAAGAAUCUUCAGAGGAAGAUAUAUGGCCCGAGGAUAAUAGAAAAAAACGACGUGGGCCUCCAGUUGUAAAACGAGGGAGACGGAAAUAUGUGCGACAGCCACCUAGUAAACCACCGGAACCCCAAGAACCAGAUCCACCACCGAUUAAAAUAGAAACUCCAUUAGAACCAGAACCACCUCCACAACCUGAGCCGGCUGUUGAGCCAGAAGUAAGUCCUUUACGAGAGGAACCAGUAGAGAGGUGUAUGAAAUGGGAAGAUGGUAGAUUAAAAUAUACACCAGCAGUGGAACAGCUUGAGUUUGCAUUUGAAUCUGUACCCCACAGUGAGCCAUGGUUUAGUACUUUUAAGCGGCAAGAUCAGGACAAGGUUGUUGCUAAGAAUGUGCCUCAGUUUUUUGCACUUUAUUCAAAAUCGCCAAAGUUACCCUAUGAAAUUGGUCAGUUACCACCACUUAAACCAAAUUGCUGUCCCUUGAGUGACUUGGUAAAAAGAGAAGGAAAAGAAAAACCUGGACCCUCGCGUGCUUAUGGGACUAGAGGUAUGAAGAAGCAAAGAAUGAGAAAACGAACAGCAGCUAUAUUGGCUAUGGAGAGCCAUCCACGCAAAUCACCUAGAGAACAUGCUUCAACAUUAGCUAUUUUAGGCUCUGCUGGUUUGUUACAUCGCAGCAAAAAUGUAGAUGAUGCUAAAUCUACAGCUUCUGAAGAUACAUUAAGUGAAACACUCUCUAAACCUGAACCUGUUCUUACUGAAACUCAAGAAACUUCAGAAAGACUGCAACAAUUUUUAUCUGAGGUUUUUGAAGAUGAAUCCGAUUAUGAUGUCUCGGAAGAUGUUAUGGAGAAUGACAUCUCUGUGAUUACAUCAAAAGAAAUUCCAGACUUCUCUAGUUUAGUAUCUGAAUGUGAAAAAUGUGAUCUUAUUAGUAAUGAAAUAAAACAGGAUACAGUAAAAACCAGAGAAAGACGGGGCAAAUUUAAGAAAAAGAACAGAACCGGCUGGCCUUCAAAGAAAAAUAAAAAGAAAUCCUCUAGAAAUAGCAGCAUUGAUGACAAAGUUGACAGUUUGGACCGUUCCUCAGUAGACCUCGAAACUCUCAGUGAAGCUGAUGAAAAUAAGUCUGAAAGUGAAGAAAAUGUAAAGGAAACUAAGAUAGAUGAGCUUGAGUUACCAUGUCCUAUGGAUAUUGAUAAUAGGUCUAAUGAUAACAGUGUAUUAGAAAAUGACAAAAGUAUACAUGAAAAUAAAGAUGGCCUAUCACCAAAUUCUGAAAAAAGAACAUCAUCAGAUAGUGAGGAGAAAGUAGAAAUUAAGAGAAAAACGCGUGCAUUACAGGGCUUGUGUGAUUGGCUGCCUGUUGUAAGAGUAGCAAGGGUUGACCCAAAUGCAACUCGAAGACUAAGAUCUGCUGGUAGAGUCCGAUCGAGCAAGCUGAGAUAGCAUUAUCUGCAAACUAGAUUGGGCUAAACUCUAAAGACAAGGACAAUUGUGUUUUAGAUGUUUCAAACCAUUUCAUUCUUGAACAAGUGUGAUGCAAUUGAUUGGUAAAACAAAAAAAUGGGUCACAUUUUACACCUCAUCAAAAUUUAUUUAACAAGGCAACCUUGUAAUGUCAGGCAUUAUACUUUUUUGUACUAUAAAUUGCAAGUUAGUACUGCACAAUUGCUUAACUUUAUACUAACUCUACUCUGAUUACAUAUUUUAAUUGUGACAAUAGAAGGUAAUUUUAUGAUUUCCACUAAUUAACCAUUAUUACUAGUACCAUUCAUUCUAAAGAGAUCUGAACAUUGUUGCAAUGUUACAGUGAAUCCUUUUUAUUUAAAACACGGGAUGUUACGCAAAAAAUAGAAUUUUUCAAUUUUUUUUCUAAGACUUAAAAUAUAAUAAUUAGAAAUAUUAUAGGGGCUAUUUCAUUUUCAUAACUGAAUUUGAUUCACAUAUAAAUGUCUGUAUUGAUUUGUUUGCUUAAAUUAAUGUAUUGAGCAGGUUAUGUCACUGAAGCUAAGCCUGACAGGUGUCAAAUGUGAUCGGUAUUUUUUAAAAUUGUGAUUGUAAUAAUAUUUUUUUACUCAAAAAGUGGGAUCUACCAAUUAUUUGCCUCAUACUUUAACAAGUACAAAGUCUAAUUCACUAAAACAUUUAACGAUUGUGUAGACUAUGAGUGUGAGCUACACAUUUUGAUCUCUGACAUAUCUGCUGUAACAACAUUUUAAAAUUCGCUGGGUUAUUUUAUACCUCAUUAAAAUAUGCUAAAUUAAGAACAAAACAAUAUAAGAUUGCUGGUAAUAAUUUACACUAACAAAAUUUUUGUUAUACCCAUAACCUAUGUUAUGUAGAUAUGUCUAAUUCCUAUCAGACUUUUUGAGUAUUUGGCCAUUUUACAUCCUGAAGCAUUCCAUUAACAUCUAAAACUAAAAAUAUCCUAUAUAAUUUAUUUAAAUGGAUAAUUUAUUUUGUAUGUUUCAGUAUCAGAAUGUUUAUUUAGUUUGAGAGAUUCAGUAUUUAUGAAUGAGGCUGAUUGCAGUCAUGUAAAUAAUUUGUAUAGAUUGUACUUGUAUAGAUUUUGUUAUUUAGUUAUUGUAUGAAGAGUGGCGAAGCGAGCUUACUCUAUACAUAAAUGUUUUCAUAUGCUUAAAAGUUUCUUUUUUUAAUGAAGUUGUUUACUGUCAGUU